UUUUGUCGAAUAUGAGUUGAUAUAAAAUGAAAAAAUAGCUUAUAAGCAAAUCUAAUGCACAAAAAUAAAAGGUAUUUCGCAAAAGACGCAUUAGGAAAGUCGUUUCAGUACAAAUUAAAUAAAGAAAAUUACUAAAGGGCGAAAAAGGUAGAAAUACAAACGUUGGAGCUGUGAAAACAGACGUGUAGAAAUUGAAGCGACAGCACGCACUUGAAAGGCAAAAAGUGACAAUACAGCCUGAUCCGGUUAGUGCUGAAUUUGGGCCUAGUCAUGAACCGCUGUGUCUUACCAGCAUGGGAUCAAAUACCCUCUCUCGUGUUGGGUAAAAUAUACAAUUACCUGGAGCCGCAGGAUCGAUUAAACGCUUCACAGACGUGCCGUCACUGGCGUGGGGUGCUUUUCCAAAAAAGAUUUUUCAACAAUUUUAAGUUCAGAUUGCACAUAAACAAUGAGCGACAAUACACGUUUUUUCGCCAAACCCUUUGUAAUUUGGCAACUGAAGUUACCAUUAAUUUUGACUUUAUGAACGUUUUCCAUAUCGAGAAAGUAAGAAAAAUCCUAUACAGGAUUGCACGUUGUAAUAAUAUGCAAGGAUUACAUUUUUCCACAAGCAAUGUGGGCAUCAUCGCUCCUGGCAUUAAAAAUAAGGAGAAACUUAUCGAUAUUGAACAAUGUUUCUUGGAGCCUCUGAAAAUGUUCUUAAAUCGCAAGAAUUUUCCAUGUCAAAUAUUGGAUUUGGGUGCGAUUGAAGCUUUAACUUUCUAUGGCAUAGAUAUACUAAAAUCUUUAGGCAAACCUGACGCAUUGUUGCAGUUAACACUGGCUUCAAUUAAAUUCGACCCUUGUAAUUAUACUAUACCUACCAUAGAGCCUACAUUGUUGCAAAAAUGCUCAUCACUGCAGGCUUUAUCGCUCGAUUACGAUUGUUUAAACGAGGAUCUGUUGCAUGCCAUGGAAUUACUUCCACUGAAUAAGUUCUUAAUCUGUAUUCACAGUUUGAAUCGUCAACAUCCUGGCAUAUCCGAUACAUCUUGGGCUAGAUUCGGAGCCGCCUUUCCCAAUAUAGAUUUGAUUGUGUCAUUGGUAUACGCUUUUGAAGCGGUUGAAGUUCUGCAAGUGCGCAUACUGCGCCGUAAUAUGCCAAUAACACAUUUGCGAGUGCUAUUUUGUGACUUUAUGAACGUAGAUGCCUUAGAUUGGAUGUCUAUCAAUAAUAGCAACACGCUGAAGAGUAUUCAGUGGAUAGAUUCAGCAUACAAACAUUCCGAUAAGAAAGUGAUGGACUUGUUUAUACGCUCCGGGCAAGACCCCUUCGUUAUGAUGGCUUGGCGUUGUAAAAAUUUAGAGGAAAUCGUAAUACAUGGCUAUGUUAUAGACCCUCAUAACAUCGUUGGUAUUUCACGUCUACGCGGCCCUACACUUAAGCGCCUAGAAAUUUCUAUGAUUGAUGAAACUCCAACAGAAGCAAGCAUGGACUCAUUCAUUGAGGAAAUCAAUACUUUGAUUGGCCAAAAAUGGGAACCCGUACCCCCUAGUAGUCUACAUCCAGCACUUGGUUAUAUACCAGUGACAGAUGAUGUACGUGAUAAAUACGUCUUCGAUCUCAUGCGCCGUGAUAUGGGCUAUUAAAAUUAAUUGCAACAACUUAAACAAUUUUUAAGCGAAUUAGGUUAACUAUAGAAUUAUAACGAACAGAAAAAGUAUGUAAAAUAGUACAUAUGUAUUAAAAACAACUUGCAACAACAACAAAACAACAUAUAUGCGAGCAAAAACGACGUUCAUAGCGAAAAUACCUUAGCAAUGUAGCUUCACAGAAACAACAGCAACAACAACCAAAGUAAAACUAAAAGUUGAAAUUUUAAAAGCAUUGCAGUGAUAAUUUUUUUCAAUAUCUUUAAAUCACUAUACGUGUUAAAGCGAAAGCGAAAGCGAGAAUAUUGGUAAAUUCAAGCAACUAUCAUUUGAAAAACCAUAUUUGAAAGUACGAGAUUUAGCAUAAAAAUCACAAAAAACGAAAAAUGUAGAAGCAUCAAAACUCAAUUACCUACAUAUUCAUUACUAUAUAAAUAUAUAUAUAUAUAUUUAGGCGAUUAUAGUUUAAGAAAAAACAAUAACAACCACUCUUGUGAUAAAAAGGGGGACAAAUUAAUUUGUAUUUAAAUAUAUGACAUUAACAUUGACUCAAAUGAAACACAAACCAUACAAAGAUAAAGAUAAGGAUAUACAUCCUUAAAUCACAAAUCGCUCCCGAAGAAAAUAUUUCGGCAAACAAUUAAUUUGCAAUGGAAACCAUAAGAAAACCACAUCGAACAAUAACGGUGACGGAAUGCCACAACAUUUAAGAAGAGCUAUGGAAGUCUAACUAUUGUACAAGCCGGACUUAUCCAGAGAUUUUAUUAUCCCAUAUUAUUCAAAGCAUUCGAAUUGUUUAUUUAUUGUAACGAAUAUCACACCGAAAUAUUGUAACAACAAGAACAAUGUAGAUUUCACUAAAACAGCGAACGUAAUUAUUUCAUAAUUUUUAUAUAAGCCCACAUAUACACAUACAACAAUAAGCAUUGUGUUAUAUAUGAAAAGCUCACAUAUAUUCCAUAUUAUUUUAUUCCUUUUGUUUUAUAAAAAAAAAUAACUAUAAAGAAAAUAAUUUUACUUGACUUAUACGUUUAUAUAAUUGGAUCACUAAAGAGCCGAAAAGAAAAACAGUUACACAUAACAUAAAGUGGACGUUAAAUUAAUUUAUUGCCAUUAACCAAAUUGUUUAAUACUUAUAUUUAUGUUCAUAAACACGAUUUCAAUGUUAUUAACUGCGUGAAUAGUUACAAUUACAUCCUAAAAUCAUUAUUUCAAAACUCAACAAUUGUUAUACCAGAAGCUAUGUAUGCUAGUUAAUCUUAGUUAUUUCGAAAAAAUGUAUUAACAUGCGUACGAAAAAGAGAACACCAUAAAGGCUAGUAUGUAAAUAUAUAAAUAACAUCGAAUAUCAAACAAAUUAAGAAAUUAGCAACAGUUUAGGCCACGGUGCCGUCUAACAACAACGGCCAAAGGCACCAAUAGAAAAUUAAAAUUUGUAAUAUGUAUUAUAUUUAAAUUUUAUAUAAUUGAUGCAAUUAUCAAGCAUACAAUUUUAUAGUCGCAUUUUUGUUCACAAUACACAUACUAUACACUACUACUGCUACAAUUAUUAUACACAUAAUUUAAUAAACUACUGCACAUUAUGAAACUGUAAACAAAAACCAAAAGGCAUGUGCAUUUGUUAAAUACUGAACGCAUUCAAAAGUAUAUAUUUUACACAACAAAACUUUUGUUCAAACUGAAACGCUUAUUUGUAUGUAAUUUGGUCAAUGAGUCAAAUGGGUGUUAAAAUUUUGGUUUAAUAAUGCUAUCUAUUUAUGUAACUGUGUGUAAACAUUCUACAAAUGUAAACGAGAUUCAAAAGACUUAAGACCAUUAUGAAUAUGUGAAUGUGAUGAUGAUGAUGAUGAUGAUGAUGAAGUAGAACGCGCGAAAGUUAAUUUAAAUGACGUAAUUCAUGGAGUUCGAAUUGAAAUGUAUAGAAAUCUCUAAGAAAAGCAAAAGCUGAACAAAUAUGGAGAAGCAAAAACAAAAAGAAAAAACAACAUUAAUAUUUUGUUUAAUGUGAACCAAAGCUGUGAUUUUAUGCAAGCCAGCAUACGUUAAGAAUGCAAUAACAACAAAAAAACGACAACAACAACAACAAAAUCCAUUGUAAAAUGAAGAACAAAUAUUAUAAUUAAAAUGUUUAGAUUAGUUAAGUAAAAAUCUGUUGACAGCAAUUAACAAACGAAACAAAUAUCGAUACGAUAUGUAUGUGCAUUCUAAGAGCAGAGAGCUAAAUUUUACACCAACAUAUGUUGAAGCAAUUCUAAGCAGGCUUAAAAGAACGACAGUCUCGUAUUAGGCACUUUUACAAAUAAACCGUUGAUAUGGUCGUGAAUAAUGUUUGUAUAAACCAAAACAUAUCUUUAGAACGAAAAUACAGUUAAUUAAAAAUUAGACAACUUUAGACUCAGUACUUUACAUGUAUUCCGAACAACUUUUAAGUACAUAUAAUGUGUCUGAUAAAUUUUCAAAUUAUCUUUAUUUAACUUAUAUGUUAAUUAUAUAGCAUUCCAAAUCUUUUUAUAAGCCUAAGAGCAUUUUACAAAAGUGAUAUACACAUUUUAUAACAGCCUGAAUGUAAAAGAAAAAUCGCAAUGCUACAAUUUUGUAUGAUUAUAAAUACCGGUCAUACCAUGUCAUUACCAAUAUAUACAACACUUGUUUUUUUUUUUUUUGAAUAUAAAAUAUAUGCUUAAUAUUAAAAGUAUCUUUGAAAGGCACAACAAAGUAAAAAAUGUGUAAUUUUAUAUGUAACUUUACAAAUGUCACCUUUACCUGUGUAAAGCUAAGUAAUUAUGAUUACAAACAUCUAUUAUUUACUGUAUUACAAUUACAAUUACAAUUUAAGGCCAUCUAAAUUAGUAUUAUUAUAAUUAUAUUUAUUUUAACAGAAGCUCUCUGCUCAAUCGUGCAGCAAAUGUGUUAGUUACCUUUACAUAUAAUAAGCUCAAAUGUCAACAAUGCUCAAAUGAUGCUGGUAAAGUGGUAAAGUGUGCAUAUUUGUUUGAAAGUAUACCACACAACGUGUUAGAAGUGUAUAUAAGAUGAAAUUGAACAGCAUAAACCUGUUUUUAUUAAGAACCUUAAGCGGUGGUACAAACUUAGAAAAAAUUCCAACUACUCAGUACCAAAAUGCACGAAAAAAAAAUGAAAACGAAAACAAAAACAACACACACACAAGCAGAAUAUGCAUUAUGAAAACAACAACAACAAAUUGUGAUGAAAGUAUAAUUAUGAAUAUAUCAAUACCAAGUAAUUUAGAGAGGAGAGAAUUGAAAGACAAACAACAAACAAAAACAACAAAUUUAUUAACAGCUUCUGUAUGUCAAUAAAGUAAGAACAAAUGCAGUCAGGGCAAAUGGUAAUUUAAAUAUGUAUGUACAUAUAUAGUACGUACACAAUGCAAUUGUACCAAUGUACUCGUAUAUGUAUGUAUGUAUGUAUGUGCAUAAGUACAUGCAUAUGUAUAUAUUAUGCAAUUUAAUUGAUAUGUGAUAUGCGUCCGCCAUAACAGCAAACAGUUAGCGGCAAGCAACAACCUACUACAUAAACAAGCAAACGCAACAUCUAAACAAAGAGUGUUUAAAGUGAUAUUAACUAUUUAAUUAAAAAAAAAAAGAAACAACAACAUGAACAACAACAACAACAGCAAUUAUAGUAAUAACAUUUGUGAAUUGUAAAUUGGCAAUUGGAGCUUUUAAAGUAGCUUUUAAAGAAGAACAAUAUUAAAAAAAAAAACAAACAGCAAAAGAGAAUGAGAAGUUUGCCAAAUUGUUAAAUAAACAACAUUGUGCUAUAGGAAAUGUUAAGAAAAUCAGCAAUCAAUAAAUCAAUGUGAUCCUUAAUGAUUAUAACUUGAAAUCAAACGACUUAACACAUAAGGAAGGAGGGAGCAUUUCGUUUACUAGUGUUACACAAACAAAAACUGAAACUGAGCAAUCCAAAAAAAUUGUGAAUCUGUAUUCUUAAACAUUUUCCAGUUUAUGCCUUGUCUCCGGUAAACAAUAUGAAUUUCACAUAUUCUCAACAAAUGAUAUUUAUUCUUGCAACACUUUUGUCAUAUUGUGCCAUAGCAAAUUGUUAAAAAUAUACAUACGAACUUGUCAUUAGAUAAGAAUGAUAGACAAUGUUGGUAUAGUUGCGCUACGCAUUUAAAACUUUAAAUGUUAAAAAAAAAUUAAUAGAAAUUAAAAGAUUACAGAUUCGCAAUAUUUUUGGUUUUCAUAGUUGAAAGAGCUGCACAAAUAUUUUGUGAAAUUUUUAUAUAUACUUAUGUAUUCAAUAUUUUUGUCAUCGUUUGAUUUCAAUGUUUAGGUUUAAUAUUUUUGGUAUUAUUAGAAAACUGUUCAAGACUAUAUAAAUGUGUGUUAAAACGAUAUCUUUCAUUAGAAAGCAAGAACAUCAAAUAAAAAAAACUUAAUAAAAUUCCAAAAAAUUCAAUAAAAAUAUUAUUUUGUCAAUAUUAUUGUAUUCAAGAUGAAUAACAAUUUUGUAAUAUGAAAAUUAAACAAAGAUAUACCAUUUCAAUAUUAUUUUAUACGUAAAAUGUGUUAAAUAAAUUUCUAAAUUAUUUAUAUUUUAACAAGAAAUUCGGUAUUUUAUUUUUUAAUUUAUUUAUUAUUUUACUUUCUUUUUAUUAAGUUAAGUCAGUAUGGUUGAAAGAAUGUUGAGUUAGGUUAGCAUAGGUCAGCAUGUCUGAGCAAACAAAAAAUACCUUGUUGGACAUUGCGAAACCUUGAGACUUUAAACUAUUUACGGUCUCCUAUAAAACCCAGUUUCUACACUUGAUUCUUGAUUUUUACUGAAAUGUAUCGUUUGCGAACAUACUUUAAAUGGAUAUGAUUAUGCAAUUAGAGAGCUAUGUACUUCUGAAAUUGAAUGUGAAUAGUGGUAACAAAGGUCGUCAAGACAUACUGCAUACGCUUAUAAGAAAAUCAAUUUAAGCAAAUAAAAAAUAUUAACAACAAAUAUUACCGACACCGAUAUACUAUGUAUGUAUAUAUACACAAACACUUACAUCCUUAUAUAUACAUAGAUAUAUAUAUAUAUACAAAAUGUAGAUACAUAUAUAAUUGUUAUAACAACAACAUGAAUGAUAAGAAAUGAUAAAAUCAUUAAGUGGAGCUGUGAUAAUCAAAUUAAACGGAGAAAUGAUAAACAACACAUCCGAAAAAUUAAGAUUUGAAGUAAAAAUAAGUAAAACACCCCAGAAAAAAAAACUGAAUUAUACGAGAGUAACGGCAUGAAUUAUUCAAGCUCGAAUUUCCGAAUAAACCGUCUUUACUGUUAAUCGCAAUUACAUACAUACUACAUAUAUAAAAUGGCGAUAGUUGAGUGUUAGCAAGUGAAAAAAUCACAUUACGUGCAAUUUAAAGCAAGAAAAUAAUAAAGACAAAAUCUCAAUUGAAUUAUAAUAGCAUUCAGCGUUAUUUAUUAUUUAUAACUAUUAUUGCAUAAGUAACAAAAAUUGUCAAAAAUCGUAGUGGUAAAAUAAUCAAAUUAUGAUGAAAAAGAAAUAUAUAAAAAAAUUUAGUCAAAUGGAAAUUUUAAGCAAAUAUUUGCCUACUAGCGACAGUAAAGA